AUGCAUGCCAGAAGUCCUAACGUCCCCUUCGGGGUGACAUACGAAAAAUUUGGAACGAUACAGAGAAGAUUAGCAUGGCCCCUGCACAAGGAUGACACGCUUUUCCGGAGUGGUAGACCUACGGGUCUCAAUAUUUAUUAUUGCGAGUGGCUCCGAAUCUGA